AUGGAAGUCGACCCGCUAGGUGGAAGCAAGUACUUGAUACUGAUCGUCGAUGAAGGCAGCGGAUGUAUGAAGGGGUUCAGUCUGCGCGCCAAGUCCGACAACGAAGAGUGA